AUGGGGUUUCACCAUCUUGGCCAGGCUGGUCUUGAACUUCUGACCUCGUGAUCCUCCUGCCUCGGCCUCCCAAAGUGCUGGGAUUACAGGCGUGAGCCACCGUGCCCAGCCGUAAUUUCUCAUUAUUCAGAAAACUAGAAGAGACUAGUAACUAGGAAUAUGGAAAUUUUCAAGGAAGGAAUGGGUAAGUGUUAAAUGCAGCAGAGAGGUCCAAUGAGACAAUGUUAGAAAAAUGUCUGCUCAGCCUGGGCACAAAGUGAGAUCCCGUCUCUACAAAAAAAUAAAGAAAUUAGGCGGGCAUGGUGGUGUGCACCGGUGGUCCCAGCUACACGGGAGGCUGAGGCAAGAGGAUCACUUCACGCCAGGAGGUGAAGGCUGCAGUUAGCUGUGUUUGUACUACUGCACUCCAGCACUCCAGCUUGGGUGACAGAGCAAGAUCCUAUCUAAAGGGAAAAAAAAAAAAAAAGUCUGCUAAUUGCUAAUUGUAGGCGCCCUGAGGGCAGGUACUAUGACUUAUUAAUUCUUAUAUACUCGGUGUCUGUUACAAAGACUGAUACAAUGCAGGCAGCACCCUAUAAAUGCUUCUAGAAUUUUACUGAUGUGACAAUCACUUUAAUUAGUAAAAUAACACACUUCUACAAUUCAAAAAGAAACAUGUCAGUACUAGAUAUUGUAGACAUUUUUCCCAAGGGAGCUUUUUCUUGACCCAACUCAGCCUAAAUUUUUAGUAGAAAAAUAUUAAUAAACGAAAUACAGAAAAUACCUUUCCAACAGAAAGAAUAAAAACCAAAGAAAAAGGAUUUAAAAAUGCAAAAAAGAAUAAAUGAAUAUAAACCAAAAGAUUAGUGUAGCAAUGUCAAUAACAGAAAAAUAUGAUUUAAGCAAAAAGUUAUAGUAGAAAUAGAGGAAUCUUAACCGAAAGAUAAAAAAGUUCACUUCACAGAAAAGCUAUCUCUAGGGCCCAGACUCCUGUGAGGCAAGAGAGGUGAUCGAGUCGUGAAAAUGCAGUCAGAUUUUGUUUUUAUUUAAAAUUGCAGCAUUUUACUAAUCAUAGACUUUUUGGCAUUAAUUUUUAUUUUUUAAAAUAUUGCAACCAAAUAUUGCUUAUCUUCAUUACGGAGUUCUUUUGGCGGUCCCUUAAAUUCUGCACCUGAGGCUCGUGCCUCAUUUUAAUCCUGGCUGUGGACCAGGAGGGUACUUGGGCGUCUGAAAACAUAACCCCAAGUGUUAUAUCACAUAAGUAGACAGAAAUGCAAGAAAAAAAAAAAACUGGCAUAAUCCCAAUAACAGUGGGAGAUUUUAACACAUCCGCAUCAAAAGCUGACCGAUCAACUAAAAAAAAAAAAAAAAACUAGUAAGGGUUAGGGAAUGCGUGCACAAUACAACUAGUUUUCUCCUGCAGCUCUGUGAAGGGCAGCCCGCGGUAGGCUAGGCCUGGUCCUGGGCGCCCCAGCCGGCUUCCCCGGUUCCAGGCGUGCGCUUGCGGGCGACGUGGGCGUCUGGGCAUCCGGCCGUCACGCGCUGCCUGGGACUCCACCCUACCCUUCGCGUAGUAUUUGUUAUACUUUGCCAGCUUCUUCACGCCGAUCCUCUCCGCGCGCCGGUAGGAACAGUCCACGGCCUUAAAGAAGCCUCCUCACCACGUCAGUGGCGCCAAGCAGGUUGCGCACGCGCAGAGGCCGGAAGGGCGUCUUGACGUCGCCCAGCCAUACUUCCCAUUGCCUCCAGCUGUUGCACGGAGGUUUCACCUCAUAUUUCCAGAAGGCUCCUGGAAAGAGUGAAUAUGUGUCGUAUCCAGAGAGCUGAUGGGGAUUGUGACUUGGCUGCUGUCAUCCUUCAUGUCAAGCGCAGAAGAAUCUGUGUCAGCCCGCACAACCAUACUGUUAAGCAGUGGAUGAAAGUGCAAGCUGCCAAGAAAAAUGGUAAAGGAAAUGUUUGCCACAGGAAGAAACACCACAGCAAGAGGAACAGUAACAGGGCACAUCAGGGGAAACAUGAAACAUAUGGCCAUAAAACUCCUUAUUAGAGAGUCUACAGAUGAAUCUACAGACAAUUCCUCAAGUAGACUUGGCCAUGAUUGGUUGUAAGUUUAUCAUCUGAAUUCUCCUUAUUGUAGACAACAGAACAAAACAAAAUAUUGGUUUUUAAAAAAUGAACAAUUGUGCAGUAUGCAAAUGUAGCCAAUAAUAUACUCAACUGGAAAAUGAAAUGAAAAGAUAAUACUGGCUGGGUACGGUGGUUCACACCUGUUAUUCUAGCACUUCGGGAGGCUGAGGCAGGAGGAUCACUUGAGGCCAGGAGUUUGAGACCAGCCUGGGCAACAUAGCGAGACCUCAUUUCUACAAACAAAAAAAAAUUAGCUCAGCAUGGUAGUACUUGCCUAUAAUCCCAGCCACAUGUGAGGCUGAGGUGGAUCACUUGAGUCUGGGAGAGUUUGAGGUUGCAGUGAGCAGCCUGGGUGACAGAAUGAGACCUUGUCUCUAAAAAUAAUAAUAAUAAUAAUGAUAGUGCUUAUCUUCAUAUGAUAUUUUAAGAAGAGCAUAUAGAUAUAACUUCUCCCAACUUUUUAAUUAUAGUUUUCCAAACUUACAGAGAAGUUAAAAGAAUGGUACAAUGAACAUCUAUAUAUCUUUCACCACAAUAUUAAUCAUUGUUAAUAUUGUGUCACAUUUGCUUUCUCUCUCCUCUCUUUGUAUGUGUUUCUAUAUAAAAUAUUAUAACUUUUUAAAUAUAUCUUGUUUGCUAAACCAUUUGAAAAUAAGUUGCAAACAUCAUGACACUUCACCCCUAGUUUCUUUUUGGUGUUAUAACUUGACAUACCCUAAAAUAAAGACAUUUUUCUACGUAAUCACCUUAUCAGUUUUAUACCUAAAAAAUUAACAAUUUCAUCUAAUAUAUUCCAUAUUCAAAUUUUCCCAACUAUUUAGAGAGCAUUUUAUGUAGUUUUUUUUCACUCCAGUAAUCAAUGUUGACAUACAUAUUGCAAAUAAUUGUUAUUUUUCUUUAAUAUCUUUCAAUCCAAGAAAGUUCCUCUGUCUUUUUUUUUUAAUUUUUAAAAUUAUUUUGUUGAGGGAGGGUCUUGCUGUGUCUUCCAGGCUGGAGUGCAGUGGUACAAUUUUGAUUUUGGCUCACUGAAGCCUCAACCUCUAGGGCUCAAGCAAUCCUCCCACCUCAGCCUCCCGAGUGUCUGGGACCAAGGUGCAUACCCACCACACCUGGCUAAUUUUGUUUAUUUUUUGUAGAGACAGGGUCUCACUAUCUUGCCCAGGUUGGUCUCAAACACCUGGGCUCAAGCGAUCCUCCCACCUUAGCCUCCCAAAAUACUGGGAUUAUAAGUGUGAGCCACAGUGCCUGGUCUAAUUAUUUUCUUAUGAUCAAAUUCAGGUUUAAUGUUUUUGGUUAAGAAUUUCCUAUGUGAAUUCAUAUACUUAUUUUGUCAUUUAGAGUUCACAAAUAUUAGGGUUUAUUUUCUAAAUAGAAAAGUUUAAACUAAAUAUAACUUCAGAACGUCUAGUUUGAGUAGCUACCGUUGUUUGGAUUGAAAUUUUCUGAUACUGAAAAGAACAAAAAGCCUGCCUUGCUGCCCAGAACCUUUUGCCUCCCCCAGUCAGUUCUUGGAGCAGCACUAGUUAGGGACCCAGAGUUCGGUCCUCUGUGUGGUGAUUUUAUGCUCUGCCUAAACAAGGAGCCUACAUCUUUUAGCUCCUAUCCCACCCUUCUCACAGGUUUUUGUUGUUGUUUGGUUGUUAUUUUUGAGACAGAGUCUUACUCUGUUGCCCAGGCUGGAGUGCAGUGGCACAAUCUCGGCUCAUUGCAACCUCUGCCUCCCGGGUUCAAGUGAUUCUCUUGCCUCAGCCUCCUAAGUAGCUGGUAUUACAGGUGCCCGGCCACCACACCCCGCUGAUUUUUGUAUUUUUAGUAGAGACGGGGUUUUCCCAUGUUGGCCGGGCUGGUCUCAAACUCCUGACCUCAAGUGAUCCACCCGCCUGUGCCUCCCAAAGUGCUGGAAUUACCAGCAUGAGCCACCAUGCCGGACUCCCACGUUUGAGUUGAUACCAUUGUGCCAUUCCUCUUUUGGCCUCUUUUUUCUCCAUAGAGUCUUCAAGAGAGACAGGUCAGAGCCCAGUAUUGUUCACAAGAAGCCAGUAGAGAGCAGGAGCCACUUUAUCAGGUGGCAGGUGUCCUGGGCCUCCCUGCUGGCUAGUCCCAAGCAGUGGUGUUGCCAGGAUGUCUUGGAGGUGAUAAUGGGACACACAGAGGCACUGAGUCUCCAUAGGUUAAAAUGCCACCAAAACUGGCCUUUGCCUAAUAUCCCUCAUUGACUAUUUAGCAUUUAAUUUAUUUAUUUUCCUGACAUUUCUGCAAGCUUUGUAUUUAUAUUUCCACUUUAUGGAUGAGGAAACUUGAGGCUCUUAGAGGUAAAAUGACUUGCCCAGGUCACACAGUAAGUGGCAGAGACAAGCUUUUUAAAUAAGAAAAAAUUAAUAAAAUAUAAUAUGAGAAUAACUUAAAAUAUUAAUAAACCACAAUUUUAAGUUAAUUAACCAUGAUAACCAACCUUAAUAAAAGUUAAAAUACCAAAA